UCUGCUGAUCUGCUCGUUUGGAUAACGUGGCGAGCCGAGCCCUAUCUUAUUUGUUUGUUGAAUACGAGCAUAUAAGGCUUUAAUGAUAAUACUUUUUGAUAGAAUUUUGUUACGGUAAUAUGAAAUACAUAAAAAGACAUGAAAUUAUCUAGAGAACGACUAAUUUCUUUCUUGAAGUCCGACAAAAUACCGAUGUACUACGCUGAUAACAGAGAACAAAAAUCUGGAACGAAAAAAGAAAUGCAAAAGCAAAAAAAGAAAAAAAAAAGAUCAGUGCUAGCUUCAUGCUUCCUCAGGUCGAGGGAACAACUGCUGAACGUGCAGCAGCUCUCGAGUGCCGCCGCCGCGUCGCCUGGCUUCACCCGCGCCUCUGCACGUCGCGAGGAAGGAGGUGGCCGGCGGCCGCUACUAGUUCUCGGGCAUGUAGGAGCUUGGGCCACCAGCCCGUCGUGAGCCACGAUGAACAUGAGGUCGCCGUCCCGCAGAUCUGAGCCGGCGGCCGGUGCAGUGGGGGCCGACUUCCGCCGGGGAGCUGGACGCCGCGGACGGGGCGGCGCUCCGCCGGGCCCGGGGAGCAGGCCGGCGCAGCUCUCGAUCUGGAUGAGAUGGAUUGGUUUCGCAUUCUUGGUUGUCCUUCCUCUUCGGCAUUGUGCAAGAUGCCAUGUUCGCGCCGGUUGCCUCCAAUGAACUUCUUGGUACCUAGUUAAGGUUCAGAUGCGUUUAACUUCCAACAAAUUUUGGGGUUGAAAUGAAACCUGAUGCCCCCACGCCAAGUCGGCUCCUGGAAUUCGUUUUUGUUCGUGGUCACAAGGCUCUCGUGCCAAGGUUUUGGUGGGGUUCCUGGAACCCACGGGAACUAAGGUUUUCGUCCGCCAGGAUGUCUUGCCAAGUUUUACCAGAUGGUGCUGCAAUGAAUACAGGUUGCAUAUAUGGUUCUAGUUCGUCAUCAGACCAGAUAUAUCAUUCCCAGCCAAGAGAUGAUUUAUCUCCAGAUUCUGCUGAAAAAAGUCGCGCUUUGUAUUGCAAACAUGUUAUACUGUGUGACAUUCUUCAGAAACGAGCCAAUAAAAAGCCCUCUUUUCUUCAAAGAAACCUUUGUUACAAGAUACACGCCAAGCAAAAGAAGAGGAUUGAGAUAACCAUAUCACUGUCUGGAAGUUCAAACCCUGAAGUGCAGGCACAAAAUAUCUUUCCACUGUAUGCUUUGUUUGCUAAACCAAUUAGUUCUGUUUCGCAUGAAGGGCAUUCUCCAGUAUAUCAGUUCAGCCGGGCUUGUUUGUUGACUUGUUUUGAUGAAUCUGGACGUAACAACCACACUGAAGCCACAUUCAUCUUUCGAUACCUGAAGACUUUAGCUAACAUUAUCCUUGUUAGCUGCGGACAAGUUGGACAAACACCUGAUGAAAAUAACUUCUCCAAGAGCCAUAUGGAGAACCCUUCUCUUGAAAAGCUUGGAGGGCAAUGUUUCUGGGGUAAGAUACCGAAUGGUUUACUUUCUUCAUCAUUGGAGAAUUGUGUGGAUUUAAGCUUAGGACGGACUAAGCAGUUUGCUUUGCCAAUUACUAUGAACCCAGGCUUCAUAGAGCCAAAAUUUCUCAAGCAGAACAGUUGCUUGACAUUUUGUUCUCGUAAGCUUAAUGCUGUGUGUCCAUAUCAAUUACAAGUAAGCAUAUGUGCCCAAGAGGUCGGUGCAAGAGACAUGUUUAAAUCUCCUUAUAAUUAUUACUUAUACAAUGAUGUCCCACCGUCUUCUUUACCGCAUAUCAUAAGGUUAAGAGUUGGAAAUGUGCUCUUUAAGUAUGGAAACAAUAUUUGCGAGACAGAAGUUACUGAAGACUUCUGCUGCUCUUUUUGCUUGGUAAAGUGUGGAAGCUUCAUGGGUCUGAAGUAUCACUUAAUCUCAUUGCAUGACCAGUUCAACUUUGAGUUCUGGAUAUCUCAGAAGGAACAGGGUGUCAAUGUUAGUUUGAAGCGCAAUACUUGGACAAAUGAGGAUUUUCCUGCAGGAGUUGAUCCAAGGCAAAGAACAUUUUCCUACUUCUCAAAGUAUAAGAAGCGUCCAAGAUUAGUUGUUGCGAAUGAGGCAAUCGUUCCAUCAAAAGUGGCUGAGGUGAUCAUACCGUUAGAAGUAACUGAGGGGACUGUUCUGCCAAAAGCAACUGAGACGAUUGUUCUGCCAAAAGCAACUGAGAUAAUCAGGCACGGACAUCUACUUGGUAUGCGAUCAAAAUCACCUGUAGAUACCCUUGUGAGCUUUGAAGCCAGCUACGUGCAAAAGGAAAUUGGUACUUCUGUGUCAGACACGUCAGUUGAUCCUGCCUAUUCAUUACAUGGCGGCCAUCUAUCACCACCAAGAGUACUCCAGUUCGGAAAGACCAGGAAACUAUCUGUCAACCAGAUUAACCCCAGAAAUCAGCAACUCCUUCAAAAACGUCAAUUCUUCCAUUCUCACACAGGACAGCCAAUGGCAUUUGAAGAAGUUCUCUCAGAUCGUGAUAGUGAAGACGAAGUUGAUGAUGAUGUUGCUGACUUUGAAGAUAGAAGGAUGCUUGAUGAUUUCAUUAAUGUUACAAAAGAUGAGAAGUGUAUCAUGCAUAUGUGGAAUUCAUUUGUUUCCAGACAAAGGGUGAUAGCUGAUAGUCAUAUGCCAUGGGCCUGCAAAGCCUUCUCCCAGCUUCAUGGACAAUUACUUGCACGAAAUCCUUCCCUACUACAGUGCUGGAGGUUUUUUAUGAUCAAACUCUGGAAUCACAAUCUGCUAGAUGGGCGCGCCAUGAACUCCUGCAACAUGAUUAUUGAUGACGUCAAGAACAAAAAGCUCGGAUCCCAAGUGAAGCCUAUGCGUUGAAAACAUUUCGGUCAUGAACAAUGACAAACGAGAUAAACUCUUUUCUUUCCCAUCUUAUAACAUUUGUGACUCCAUCGACUUCCAGCUCCAUAUUAAUAUUCUUGAUACCAUGAGUUUUACAUGAAUUGUUGGUUAUUCAGUGACUUGGACAACACAUUUCCUUC